GCAGUCAGUAAAACAGGUCAGGGGCAUUUUGAUCUCACCCGUGACCUUCAUUUGGACUGUUUAUUCACGUCUUUAGAUCAGCUGUGAGAGCGUUAAAUUCACCAUUAACAUACACCAGACACGUAAAAUGGCUCACAAAUCGGCAGCAUUCGGAUUGAAAUGGAGGAGUUCUCCAACAGACAUUCGUAAUCAUUACGCCAAGAGAUCUGCUCAAUAUGACAAAGAGGUUUCAGAUGAAAUAGGUUACGUGGCACCUCGCAAAGCGGCUGAGACACUGGCAACAUGGAUUAAAGACAAGGAUGCCCGAAUACUAGAUGCAGGCGCAGGGACGGGAUUGGUUGGAAAAUGCCUCCAACAACUAGGAUAUAACAACCUGGAUGCACUUGAUAUCUGUCCAGAGAUGAUUGAAAUUGCUGAGAGAAAAGGUGUAUACAAGAAUAUGUAUGUCGAUAUUCUUGGUGGUCCUAACCCAAUCCAACUGCCGUCCAACCAGUAUGAUGCAGUGGUAUGUGUUGGAGUUAUUGAGCAACCCGGUCCCGCUGUGUUAGAUGAGCUAAUCAGGAUCACCAAACACAAUGGUAUUAUCGUCUUCACCCUGCGCGUCGACAUCGCUGAAGAUCCAGAUGAAGUUGAUUUCAAACAGAAACUGCCAACAAUAGAAUCUGAAAACAAAGUGAUGCUUCUAUCCAAACCUCGCACUGCUUAUCAUGAUGUGACUGACUGCUUUAUGUAUUCUUACAAAGUUCUGAAAGAAGCUUAA